CCGACACCCCAUACCCUACACCCAGCCCUAUAUGUUGUGCCCACACGGCCCUCCCAGUUGCACCAUCUACCCCUGUCCAUACGUCCCGCAUGCUGCACACCCACCCCUGCGCGCUCAGACACCCCGUGCACCCACCGACACGCUCACCCCCGCCUUGCACGAGAACACACACCCCCCCUGCACACACAGCCCCUGCGUGUGGCACUGGGCAGAGGGCAGCCCCAUGGGGUGCAUGGGACCCACGGGGGGCUCCCCGCUCAGCACCCCUGUGCCACACCAGUUUCACCAGCAUCGCCUACGGACGAAGAAAAGUGUCAGCUCCUACAACAUCUGCUGCGUCUGCCUCCUCGUGAUGGUCGCUGUGGGCUGUGUCACGGCAGUCCUGCUGUCCUGCUUAACCUACCUGGUGAUCAUCCCCCUGUGGUCCGUCGCCAUAGUGUUGAUGUGCACCAUCAUGAUGACCCUCUUCGCCAUCAUCUGCCUGAGCCUGAUUGAGCCCUGGAUCCCCUACGCCCCCCAAGCACAGCACGCCCCAUGGUGCCAGGUACGGCUGCAGGGCAUGGAGCAUCUCACCAGCCUGGGAGGGGGAUGUAGGACAUGGCUGGGCCCCAAACCCAGAUCAGGGGGGCAACCCCACGUAUCGAUGCUCUGCAUGAGUUGGUCCCACCAUGCAUGGCACACACGUGCAUGGGGAGGCUCCAUCGCUGCACACACUCCCCUCCCGGUGCCAGAAGCACUGGUGACACCCAGCAGCACUGACCUACCUCCAUCUGCACCAAGCCCCCAGCCCCAUCACCAUGCCCAAGCCCACCCCAUGUGGGGCCAGGACAAUUCCGUCGCACCAUCCUGCUGUGGGGCUGGCUGUCACCACCCCAGAGCUGCCCCACAGUGGCACGUAAGGCUCUCCCCGCUGCAGCCCACAGCCCUGAGCCCUCCCUGCGCCAGCAGGACAGGACGUGCCUGUGACUUGCUUGCUCCGACCUGCCCUGGGACCUGGCGGAGAUGA